AUGCUGUCCUUGGAUAGUUCCUGCGCACGCUUGCCCUUGGAUUUCGCCAGCUUGACCCCUGCAGACAGGAGUACUGCUCUAGGCGCCCAAAUGAUGCUCGACAAUGUCCAGGAUCAACCAUACAAUUCGAAUCACCACAAAAAGUUCGUGCGGUCACAAAUUGGCGGUCUCGCGGCCCCAAAAAGUCCCACCUUUGUAGCAGAGUCUAGUGAGCUAACAGACGGGAACACUACUGAGGCAGACCUAUCCGAUGACGAAGAGGCCUUUACGGUCACUGCUUGCUACGUGCUUAGUCUUGAGAAGACUAGACUACCUCUCUCCCCGGAAGUUGGCUACUGGUUUGGGUAUGGCGACUGUGAUCGUUAUGGCAGCACCGGCGGAGUCGAUAUCGCAAUUAUGCCCGCUAAUUUCGAGAAUAUUGCCACUACAGCUUCAGCACCCGUCUAUGCCCGACAUGGCUUUUUUGCAUUCGAUCCUACACACGGUUCAUUCUGGCUUCACGCUCGGCACAAAGGCAUCCGAGUGGACGAUCAUCCGAUCGCCGCUAAGACGAGAAUACUUCUUGGGAGGCGUAUGCGCAUCUCAAUCGGACCUCAUCGAUUUAUCUUCGAAUACAAGGUCUCAGACGAGGCAAUCUUCCAAGAUGCCCUGCGAGCCUUUUUCGCAGAAGAUCAUAGCCAAGUGCACUUGAAUGAAGAAACAUCAGCUACACCGUCGACGAGCGAUGUUCGUAUUGAUGAUUGGGUCCUCCACGGAGUAGUUGGGUCAUCAAUGAGAUCUGUGAUUCAUGCCGCUUCUAACGUCAGAUCUGGAGAGGUCGUUGCUGUGAAAAGACUCCGCUUCGGCUCAUCCCAAGGCAUGGCGGAGAGAGAGGUGGAGGUAUACAAUGAUAUCCUCGAGAGCGUCCGCGACAAUAGAUACAACGCAUACGUCAUGCAGGCACGAUCUGUGCUAUCCGCUGAGAGGCCAUACAAUUCGACCAAGGAGGUUUACCUCUUGUGGAAGCCACUUGCGCGCAUGGGAGACUUUUCGGCGUUUGGAACGAACGGACGAUGGAGGGAAUUGUCUCGAGACAUCAGAAUAGUACUGUUUGUUCAGGUUGCAUUGGGACUAUCUGCUCUCCAUGAUGCCGGGUGGAUCCACAGAGAUCUAAAACCUCCCAAUCUUGGAAUUGUCGAGCUUGGGGAGAAUCCAAGGGCCGUCAUUAUCGACCAAGGCGGAGCUUGUCGCCAGAAAUCCAAGGGUCAUGUUCCGAAGAUAAAGGUGUGCGGGACAGUCGGCUACCUUGCGCCAGAGCUCGAAAGCGAUGCCAUUGUACCUUGCUAUGGUAUGGAGGUUGACAUAUGGUCCUUGGGUGUAGUAGCUUAUUAUCUUUUCGUUGAAAGUUGCCUUCCGUGGAGUCUUGACUACAACAUGUUCGUGCCAUCACGGAACGCCCUGGAACCGUCACUGCAUCUCUUUCGACAGGCUCGUUCCGAACUUCUCUCUCAGCCUAUGCUCUCCCUCGAAAGGCUUAUCGGCGACAUGCUGACGGAGGACCCACGUAAACGUCCCGGCAUCCAAGAUGUCCUGGCACAUGCUGCACUACGACAUGUGCGCGUGGGCGUGGACGCCAGACUAGAAGCUACUAAGCAUACAGGGCAGAAGCGGGGGCAAGGAGCGCUUUACCACGAGAUGUCUGAUCAGCGACGUGUUGCGCAUCAUCCACGCCAGAUAGAAAAGCAGGCUUUGGAGACCGACCAAGUAACCAAGGACGAGAAUGACGAUACGAAAGGUGGCCUCGAUCAGUCUCUGCGGGAAGAUACAAAGAGCACGGCAGGGCCGUUCAGUCUUAGUAGACUGUCAUUACCAUAG